CUGGGCUGGUAUAGAUAAAGAAGAAGCAAAACGGUGCAGCAGCACUUCUAUUUUCGUGAUAGUUUUCCCCAAUUAGUGCUAAAAUUUAUAACCAUAAAUGCUAUUUUCCGACAAACAUAUGCAAAAUGAUGUGUUUUUCCUGAGCUGCUUACAUAACAAUGCACUAGUCGCGCAAUAAGCAACACACAUCGAUCACCUGGGAUUAGCGAGGCUUUGGUUUGGACUUCAUGGCGACUGUGACGGAGGGCAGUAAAAUGCUCGAGGCAGCCCUUCAGCAAAUGGAUGGCCUCAUAUCGAGCACGGCCACCCAGGCGGGAUCGGUAUCGGGAGCAGGAGCUUCUUUGACGCUUAGCGAGCGAAACUUGAUUUCGGCCACCAAUGUUCUGUCGACAGCAAAGACUUUGGCUCUCGCCCUGCAACAGGUCGGUCUGGCUGCUCCAGCCCCGGAUCCUGUCACUGCGGCCAUCAUCAGCGAUUGGCUGGAGACACACAUACCGCGCCAAGACUCCGACGAACGAAUGCGACGCCUGCAGCGCGAUAAGGAGGGAUUGGCUCUGCAGUAUCAAAUGCUUGCGGAGCGUGUCUCCGAACAGGCUGACAAGAUCAUAGAGCUCGAGGGCCUUAUAACAGAAAAGAGCCAGCAACUAUGCACCAAGGAGGAACAGCUGCAACGUCAAAUGAUUUCGAGUUCGGCCUACGAAACGCAAAAGCUGCAGUUGAUGAGUGCCUUAAGUGAAUUGAAACUACACCGCACUGCCUUGGAACAAGCCAACGAUGGAAGCGGCAUAAUUUCAGCCAGUAUUCCGUACGGCAGUAUGAGCAAUAUUAACCAGAAGCCCUUCCUGGGGUCCCCUAAAACGCCGCCAUCUGCACUGCGUCAUCAGAUCAAGCCGCAGUUCCACAGCUUGCCGAGGUCACAUGGCAAGCUGGCUAAUAAUAAUAACAAUCGUGCCUUAGACGUGAAUGCCAACAGUAGCGGCAAACAGCGGAAUGUAGUCUUUGCCUCGAACGAACAAAUUCUGAUCGAAGACAAUCCUAAUCAAGCGGAGGAUGCUAUGACUUCCAGCUUCAUGUCGCAGUUUACGCCCUCACCUAAGCUUCGUGAACGAUCUGCUCGCGGCUUGCGAAACAUACUAGGCAAGUUGCGGCGCAGUAACAGCAGCAACUGUGAGUUGACUGCCUUGGAGCAGGCGGAGCCCGAGUUCCGGCGAGGCGGUUCCCGAGCAACCGCUGGAGGACGAAUAGAGUGGAGUGCCCAAACACCGUUGUUCGGUGAGAACGAAAAGCAUUGGAGCACCUGGGGGCCCCAGGAAGUGUGCAAUUGGUUGGCAUACAUGGGUCUGGGCUCCUACGAGGACAACUGUCGAAAGUGGCUGAAGGCCAAUCCAUCUGUAUCGUUCUUUACCGCAUCGCCUGUCGACAUUGAACGUGAGCUCAACCUGAAGCUACCGCUUCACCGAAAGAAGAUCUUGUUGGCCAUCGAUGACCUAACUGGAAAGGAAUUCGACGACUUGACAUUGAAAGCAUCCAGCUUGGAUGUGGCUUGGGUUCUGCGCUGGCUGGAUGACAUUGGUCUGCCCCAGUACAAGGAUUACUUUAUGCAGGCCAAGGUCGACGGACGGAUGCUGCAUCGUCUAACGCUCGAGGAUCUUUCCCAACUGCACGUGAGCUCCUGUCUACACAUUGCAUCUUUGCGAGCGGGAAUUUUGUGCAUGCGCCGUUUGUCUUGGAAUGCAGAGGGACUGAUUCGACGAUCCAUUAAGGUAGUCAGCGAAGAUGAGGCUGCAGCCAGUCCGGACAGAGACAACGUAGAAUUAUGGACAGCGCACCGAAUAAUGGGUUGGUUACAGACCAUUGACCUCUCCGAAUACACGCCAAAUCUGCGUGGUGCUGGUGUCCACGGCGCUUUGAUGCUGUAUGAACAGCGCUUUAAUGCAGAUCUGUUGGCCGACCUUCUGUCAAUACCACCGAGCAAGUCUUUACUGCGCCGUCAUUUGGCCAUGCAUUUCAAGGAGCUGGUAGGUCGGCCGGUCAUCCUCAGCAAGCGUGAUGCCGAAUCGGCACCUGGAUACCAACCCCUAAACAUUACUGCUAAGCUGAAGCCGGUAAAGAGAACACAGUUUUCGUUAAAGCGUCGCAAGAGCUCCAAGGGACAAAGCGACAUAGACUGGACAGAGUAUGUGUGCCCAAUGAAUGCCAGGGUGCCGGAGUCUUCUCUGGCGGACACGGCCAAGGACCAUGAGAGCUCAAUGAGUUCGAAUUGAUGAUGAAGCCGACAGACGCACAAAUAGAUUGCAAGAAAAAAAUGUUUUUUAGUUGUAAGCUCAAGCCUGUCCCAUGAUCCCUACACAAACGAACGAACUGCCACCUGAACCAAUUAAGCAACCAAAUCCACAAAACGUGCGACAAUAUUAGUGAGAAUUUAUCUGAACACAGGCACGCCCAAUCUUCCAAACAUCUUUCGAAUGAAUUCGAUUUAAAAUUCUUUCGUCAACCUAAGCAUACCAGCAAACAUUUUGGAAAUCUUUAUAUUAACUGUAACUAACAUUUAGGAUAAUCUGGAUCUGGGAUGCAAUGACAUCUUCUGAAUAAGCAUAACGAUAAUAACGAGAAGUAUUCGCAAUGGCAUUGAAACGACCUUGAGUGCGAUCAUAACCCUUAUAGACUUAUCGCCCAUUUUGGAGUUUAUCUUUUGUACUAACACGUAACUGUAUUGACGGAUAUUUUAUAAAAUACAAACUACGUUGCCUUUUACAACCAAA